UUCAAUAUACGCAUACAGACAGUUCAGUACCCGUAUAUUGUAGUAGCAGUAGGCUUUGAAGACUCUUCGGCGAGAAGGCGAAGAAGAAGUGAGAGAAAGAGAUAAGAGGAUAUGCCGGGGCCGACGGUGGAGAUGGAGCCGGUGGAGCCACAAUCGCUCAAGAAGCUUAGUUUCAAAUCUCUGAAGCGCGCUCUCGAUCUCUUCUCUCCUCUCCACGCCCAAUUCCCCCCUCCCGACCCCGAUAGUAAGAGGAUAAGGAUGAGCCAGAAGUUUAAUGCCGAGUAUGGAGGGAUAAAGAGCACAAGCAGUCAGCCUCUGACUCAUGCAAAGUCGGGUAGUCAAGAUCAAGCCCAAGAAAGAUCUGGUCCUUCAAAUGCUUUAGCUCUUCCAGGUCCCGAAAAUUCCAAGGAUCCACGGAAUGGAGGAGCUCGAACUGAUUUAAUUGUUGGUCCGACUGUGCAAACAAAGGGACUUGAUGGUGGUCUUUCUGGGAAAAGCAGUGCCAUUGUUUCUGCUUCUGGUUCAUCUGAGAGGAAUUUCUCAACGUCAGCCAUUAUGGAAAGAAUUCCAAGCAGAUGGCCACGUCCUGUUUGGCAUGCACCAUGGAAAAACUACAGGGUGAUAAGUGGCCAUUUGGGAUGGGUGAGAUCUAUUGCAUUUGAUCCAAGUAAUAUGUGGUUCUGUACUGGCUCUGCAGAUCGCACGAUAAAGAUAUGGGAUGUGGGAACUGGAAGGUUAAAGCUCACACUAACUGGGCACAUUGAACAAGUACGAGGCCUUGCCGUCAGCAAUAAACACACAUAUAUGUUCUCUGCUGGUGAUGACAAACAAGUUAAAUGCUGGGACCUAGAGCAGAACAAGGUUAUCCGGUCUUAUCAUGGUCAUCUAAGUGGAGUUUAUUGCCUUGCUCUUCAUCCGACUAUUGACAUUCUACUCACAGGUGGUCGAGAUUCUGUCUGCCGGGUCUGGGAUAUUCGUAGCAAGAUGCAAAUUCAUGCAUUGUCUGGGCAUGAGAAUACAGUUUGCUCAGUUUUUACUAGACCUACGGAUCCACAAGUUAUAACUGGCUCCCAUGACACGACGAUAAAGUUCUGGGACCUUAGAUAUGGUAAAACAAUGGUUACUCUUACUCACCACAAAAAAUCUGUGCGAGCAAUGGCUCUACAUCCUACAGAGAACUGUUUUGCAUCUGCGUCGGCUGACAAUAUAAAAAAAUUCAACCUUCCGAAAGGAGAAUUUAUGCACAACAUGCUUUCUCAGCAGAAAACCAUCAUCAAUGCAAUGGCAGUCAAUGAAGACGGUGUAAUGGUCACAGGAGGUGACAAUGGAAGUUUAUGGUUCUGGGAUUGGAAGAGUGGUCAUAAUUUCCAGCAAUCCCAAACAAUUGUACAGCCAGGUUCGCUGGACAGUGAAGCCGGUAUCUAUGCCAGUUCUUACGAUGUGACCGGUACAAGACUAGUCACUUGCGAAGCUGACAAGACAAUAAAGAUGUGGAAAGAGGACGAAAAUGCCACCCCUGAAACUCAUCCUCUCCACUUCAGACCACCUAAAGAUAUCAGAAGGUUCUAAUAGUCGUCUCUACAAGUCCUAUCAUUCUUUUCCAGGCUUUGAGGAUAUCAUAAAACUUUAUGAAGAUGUGAUUCCUUUCAACUUUCGAGUGAUGACUGUGUAAGGGAAUUAGGUCAAGGUUUGAUAAGAAGAAAAAGUAGGAAUGGAUUGUCAAAGGUGUCAUGAGGAUUGUAUACUAGUUAAGUUGAGUAUUGAAUGCCCUAAUUCCCUUGAAUAGUAGUAGUUUAUAUAUUGCAAGAACGUUUGGAGGGUCUACUGUACUGUAAUUUAACCUCUGUUUUAGGGGACACACCACUUUGCGUCCAGAACAAUGCACAUGGUUACUUAUUCUUGACCCUA